AUGACGGAGCCCUUCCCGUCGAGCUCGGUUUGCUCACUGUCGAGUUCUCGUCGCCUUCCCAACGGACAGCAACCACGAAAGCUCCGGGAUAGCUGCAUCCACUGUGCAAAUUCAAAGGUCAAGUGCAACAAGGAGAAGCCUAUCUGCGGUCGUUGUGUUCGGCGUCGGCUGCCUUGCGAGUAUAAAGUAUCCCGCCGGACUGGCCGUACUUCACGCAGCAUAGCACAGCUCCUGGGAUCGGGAUCCACAGGAAGAACGACAGAAACAUUAACAAUAUCCCCAGCAAUCCAUCCGGCAAAUACCGGCGGCAACGCAACCUCAAGCGUCUUGCCAUCAAACCCUGUCACCAGCGGACCAUCGCAAACCCCGUUAUUGACGCCGAUAACCCCUAUCCCGACGUCAGAGCCUUCUCCAGAUCAUUGCAUACCCCAAACUCCAGACGUUUGGCGGUCCUUCUUGUCUCCCAGCGCGUUCAACCCAGAUGUUGGGGAUCUGUCGUCGCUGAUAUCAAUGCCCCCUGAUGUCGGAAAUUUGUUUGGAUCAGUCAUGGGAUCGCCCCUAUUCGAUACCUGCGAUAUUGACUCACUACCAGCUCAGGCAAUCGGGGAAUCUGUGUCGGUCACCGAGCAUCCGUUGUUUCCGACGCCAGCGCUUUCGGAUCCGAAAUCAGAAGACACUUCAGAAACCACAUCAAAUCACGUGAAGUCCUGUCUGAUCUCUGUAUUGGAUGUCUUCAGGGACGUGUUUGCUGACACGCCGACGCCGUGCAAGAAAGCCGAUAGACAGCAGAGUUCCAGCAGGGCCCCAACGAUAGAGUCCGUUGUGUCAGAUAAUAGAGAGGCUAUCGACACGCUCAGCGCUGUUAUGGAUUGCCCUUGCUCUCACGACGGAUACAUACUAUCCAUUGUCUCACUUGCUGUUUUGAAAGUGAUGGGUAGGUAUAUCGCCGCAGCGAGGGGACAAAUACCCGCUACGGAGGACACCAGGGGCUGGGGACAGGAGGUCUCUAUGCAUUCAGAUAGAUCUAGGCAAUUCCUUCCAUUCGACGAGCAGUUACCGGGCUCGCCAGGCCCGGUAGGCAGUUACUCUAUUGAAGGAAGAAACCAAAAUCGUAUGGCAGCGCAGCUUGUCUUGAGCGAAUUACACCGCGUACAGCGGCUUGUCAACGUCCUUGCAUCACGGCUAGAAAAUGUUCGCCUAAGGUCGUGUCUUUCGCCGGCUUCUACUUUCGGCCCCAACAGCACAGAUAGCAUCAUUGAGAACCCGUUGCUUGCUGCGAGACGCAUAUUGCCGUUAUCAGGUUCCACGUUCUCCAAAAUGGAGGAUGACCUUCGUAAACGCCUUCGCGCCGUAUCUUCUGAAACAAUCGAAAUUCUCCGGCGGGCAUGA